CCCUCGGCUACCACUCAACACAUAAACACGCGUACACACACACAUACACACUUGCGACAAGCCAAGAUGACCACGCUGCCGCUGGCAUGGACACUGUUGACUGUUUCUCUGUGGACAGCAGGUUCGAGCCAUAUCAUCGUACAAGAACCCGUCAAAGUUCUGUAUCCUGCUAUCUCCAGUCCGGAGAAUUUUGAGUGCAACUGCAACCACUCCUGUGACUCUGUCUACUGGUUCCGCAAGACUUCCCUUCACAGCAACCUAACGUUCCUGGGCAAAUGCAACACAGCUGAGCGUGUUACCUACGGGCCUGACGUAGAACCGGCACAGUUUAAACUCAGCAAGAGAGGGAAUGCUGCCUUUGUGCUGCGCAUCAACAGCGUGAGGAAGGAGGACGAAGGGACUUAUUCCUGCGUCCUAAAGGACAAGGGCGGUGAAGAGACGUGGAGGUCUGGAACUGUUCUUCGGCCGGGAGGGACCCCUCCGACGCCACCUCCAAAGCCAAAACCCAAACCUCCGGUCAAGUCCGUCUGCCGCUGUAGCCCAAAGAAGAAUCCUACACAUGAUGGCUGUGACUAUCUGGUUCUGUGGCCGUUGGUUGGAGCCACUGCAGGCCUGGCUCUGGCUCUCAUCUGCACACUGUACUACUUCAGUCGGCUUCCAAAGAAAUGCCGCCACCACUUUGAGAGGAUAAGACUUAAGCCCUGAAUCAAUGCAUCCACAGCUGAGACUCACGAGGCUGAAGAGCUUCAUUUAAGAUGGUGUCCAGUGGAGAAUGACGGCCGGGAUCAAGAUCUGCUCUGCGGCCGACAACCCGUCGUGUGCAGUCAGAUUAAAUGUUCGCCUGGACUGUAACUUCAGCAGCAGAUAUAUGUGAUAUAUGUAAAUUGUGAUUUAUCGACUAAUUUCUCCUGCAUGUUUUAGAAGACAGAGCUCUGGCCAGUUUGAAUUUAACCCAAGUGUUGUUAUUUUCAUCUGUAAAAAUCAAUAUGCAGAUUCCAGGUUUGUGAGGUGUUAUUUUAUGAUUUUAUAAAUAAAAGUUGGGACACUUCAAAGCUGUACUUUUCUGUGGUACAAAUGUGUUAUGUAGAUUACCCGGAAUAUUUUAAUUGACACAUAAAAAGCAGGUAGAUCAUAAGACAGCUACAAUAGGAAUCGCUUGUUGCUUUCUUUGCUAUUUAUUUUUGUUGUUUCGUAUGUUACAUUGUUUUAAGUGUACGUGUUCAAACAACAAUCUUGAAGGAAAAAAGUUUUCGUUUCUGUGAAGAUUCAUCUCUAAAAUCAAUAAAUCAAUAAAAUUGUAUA